AUGAACAUGAAUUUAGGCAAACUCCGGAAAACACUGAAAGACAGGGGGACCUGGCUUGCUAUGGUCCAUGGAGUUGCAAAAAGUCAGACACAACUUAGUGACUUCACAACAACAAACAAUUUCUUGGCUACAGCUAUCUUUUAUCUGUUGGAUUUCACCCCUUGGGGGUUUGGGAGACAUUUUGAGUCACCUUUACUAUUGCAAAGCAUUAUAAUGAUAGCCACAAUGUUAUUGAUGCUGAAAUUGUGCACUGAAGUACGUGUGGCCAAUGAGUUGAAUAUAAAACGACGUUCCUUUUCAGCUGCAGAUAGUAAGGAUGAAGAAAUCAAAACAGCUCCCAAGAGAAUCUUUCUAGAUUUUGACUUGAACUCUUUCUGGCACUGGAACAAGUUUGCAGAUUAUGUGCAGUGCGUUCUGGCUUUCACUGGGGUAACAGGAUGCGUUACAUACCUUUCCCUUGACUCCAGUAUCUUUGUUGAAACCCUGGGUUUCCUUGCUGUUUUCAUUGAAGCCAUGGUGGGUAUCCCGCAGCUCUACCGUAAUUAUCAGAAUAGGUCAACUGAAGGAAUGAGCGUAAAGAUGGUGCUAAUGUGGACCAGUGGUGACACCUUCAAGACGGUGUAUUUCCUCCUGAAUCAAGCUCCAUUCCAGUUCUCAGUGUGUGGACUUCUCCAGGUUUUUGUAGACAUGGCCAUCCUUUUGCAGGUUUACUUCUUCAGCUGUUACCCACAGAAACCUGUUCCUCAUUCAUCACAUCCAGCCAGUACGAAGGCACUUUAAAGCACAGGACGGAAGCAAUUAUUCUUGUAGAUGUAGAAGAGGCUGGGAGCCAGCCUUAGCUUCAACGCUGCUUGUACCUACUGUGUUUCUGAGGAACUAGAAACAGAAGAAUCAAAGUUGCA